AUGCCGAACACUUUUUCCAAGGUCAAUGUGUGCACUGUCGGCAAGUUUGAUGAUGCGACCAAAAUCCCUGAAUGGAUACGCCACCAUGGCGGUACUUUCUCCAGGAAAGUAGACUCGCAUACUACCCAUCUCGUUGCAACUGAAGAAUCAUACAAGAAUAAUGUCGAAGCAGUUCAAAUUGCCAAGGAACUUGGUACAGUUCUGAUCGUGAAUUCCGACUGGCUAUAUGACUCGCUGCAACAAAAAUCCCAUCGUCCCAAAGAUGCCAAACCAUAUCUCUGGAAGAGGAUUUUGGAAGCUGAGCUGAAGCCACGAAAGAAGCAGAAGCUGGCUACCACCUCCAAAUCUCAACGCAAAACGCCACCCAUCAAAGACCCUUUCGUCCAAGCAAAGGUUGUUAAAAAAAAGCCUGCCCGUAUCACCAAGAAGGCUGUUGCUCUACCAAAUGACAUGAUUUGUGUCGACGAAGACACGAACCAAGCUUGGGACGCCACUCUAUCGCGGGUAUUGCCAUCGCUGAAACGCGAGAAAUUUCGGUUGGCCUCAACUGUCACUCACAAUUGCCAGAUAUUUCAAUCCAAUGAAACGCCACCCACCUAUUCAGCCUUUGUCAAGUACAGCCGUGUUGGCAUGUCCAAUGUCUCCAUUUUGGCUCCUCCCCAGAGCGCUUUCACCCUCGCCAAGGCAGGCUUUGAGAGUUUCUUCUUGUUGCAGACGGGAGUAGAAUGGGAGAAAAGGAUGGACCUAACACUCCGAUCCCCAAAAACGAACGACAAAGGGGAUGUAUUGCCGUCCCAUGAAGGAUGGUAUACAUUCGAAGCCGGAAGUAUCAUGACUGCCUACAUGAAGCGGCCCUCCAAGCCACACGUUUCCCCAGAGGUAGCUCAUGCUACUACUCAGAAUGGGGAUGCAAUGAGGUCUGAUGGAUUUACUCUUGUUGAUGAGCAAGACUAUACCGCCGCUGGUCAUGAUAGCGGCAAUGAUGGUGAUGUUGAGUCUCUGCAGAGUGACAGCAAUUUGUCUGCGCUUGAUCAUGUGCCAGGCGAACAUAUUGACGAUCGUGAUGUUGCAACUAUCAAAAAGGACGCUCUAGCUCUGCUCAAGUCUCUACCGAGUGAACACUUCGGUGAUGACCAUGUUGCGUCCAGGAAACGAAAAGCUUCGUCUAUGCUUGAGUCCGCGUCAGGCUCACAGACCGAUGAUGGCGUUGAUUUCUCUAAUCACAGCUCCGUGUCUCUACAUGAGUUUACUUCCAGUGAACCAAUGGGCGAUGGAGAUAUCGUGUCUUUGAGGAGUAGCACCACGACUCUUUUUUCUUCCUCGAGUGAACAAGGUGAUGAUGUCGACUCGGUCGAUGUGAACAUUCUUAAUGAAUCUGAGGACUAA